AUGGAACCAUUACAGUCGAACGUGAUCAGUGGCCCAGAGAUGGGACCUGCUCGCGACUCCACCAGUUCCACAACCAUCGGCAUCUCGCUGUCUCUCAAGGCCAAACCUGACACGGAUGAGGACACUAUCACCAAGAAGACCGAGAAACCAGACCAAGAGUUGCAUAGGCUGAACAGCAGUUCCCGAGCAACCAACAUCCAUCACGGAAAUGGAUACCAAACUGACAGCAGAGAGCCCGUUAUCUCUAGUAAUCGUUCAUCAAAAAUACACACUCAGGAACCCCAUCCUCACUUCUUCGACACCCUCAACAUGACUGACGCCAACACAAGGGACCUGUCCUCUCUGGACGGCACACCACGUCUGCCCCUGCAGGAAAGCGAGCCGCGCGCCAGCAUUGUCGAAACCCCCUCAAGGCAGGUUCUCAAUGGAUCACAUGUUGCCAGAGAACGUCCAUGGAGCAGAGCGGAUCUGAAGCCGGGCGAAGGGAAGACUUUGUGGAAGUGGUCGGGUAAUGGCAAAAUCUCGCACGAUUCUAACAAGGAGUCCAAAACAGUAGCCGACCAGCAUAUCAAGGCACUGAAGGAGCUCUUCGACAAGGAGCUGUCGGGUGACAACCGAUACCACGAAUCUCUGACCAAGCUGAAGGAUUUGGCAGAAAUGCUAGAUGGAUACCCUGUCGCCAAGCAAGACUUCGAGGAUGCCAUACAACCAGUUAGGGAGGCCAUAGAUGUCUGGCACGAGAUCUUUGCGAAGAUGGGAGCAAAAUCGGUGCCAAUCGCAGAAGCAGAUCUUGUCUCUGAUUUUGGCAAUCCCAUCAGCCCCUUCCUUGGUCUACCGGCAGACUCCACGACGUGGGUAUACUUCAUAGGAAAGGUUUAUGGAGUUGGUGAGUUCGGGCUGCUGUCAAAGGCCGACCUCGAUGAUGCACUCCUCAAGGUCAAGAAACAAGCUUGUUUCCAAUACCUUAUCUGGACGGAAAAGCUCAUCAAGUCCUACGAGGGCAAUGAGUCUAACCUUAUGAACACAGGGCAUCGACGCAACGUCGACGAAAAGCCCCUGAACGCCAAGUUCGAGAAGGAUGAGGACAUCGCUACCGAGAAGCCUACUCCAAAGCAACCGAUUGGAGACGAGUCCCACAACGACGACCGUGAGAAUGAGGAUGCCGCCGCCAUAGAAGCAAGUCUCUGA